AAACUCUCUCGUUUCCCCACCCUCACCUCUCUUCACUCCUCAACUCUCUCCUCCACACACUUUCUCUCUCUACUCUCUCUCUCUCCCUCUCUCUAGCAUACCCUUUUUCUACGUUACCCUUCUCAACAAUUCCCCACAAUUACACAAAUGGAAACUCCUGAAUUCCUCCAUGGACCAUUCACGCCGGAAAAACGAUACUCCGACGUCAAAACCGAACAAUUCAUCAUCGACGACCUUCUUAAUUUUCCCACUGACGACACCGUCACUGGGGAGGAGGCAUAUGAUGACGCCGGAGAUGUGCCUAAUGGCGGCACCUCCACUGACUCCUCCAUUGUUUCCACUGCCAUCGACAGCUGCCACUCCUCCAGAGAGCUGGUUGUUCACCGGAGCUUCCCCGACACUCAAUUCUCUCAUGAUCUUUGUGUCCCGUAUGAUGAUGUGGCUGAGCUAGAAUGGCUAUCGAAUUUUGUGGAGGAUUCAUUUUCGACAGAGGAUAUGGCGAAGCUUCAAUUGAUAUCUGGAGUCAAAGCUCGACCAGCCGAUGAUUCAUCUGAGAUCCACCAAUUCCAACAAGAAACCUACAAUCGGGCCAACAACCCGAUAUUUAACACUGACAUGACAGUCCCAGGCAAGGCCCGUACCAAGCGUUCUCGUGCUGCACCAUGCAAUUGGACCUCUCGGCUUCUUGUUCUCUCACCUACAUCAACGGGUCAAACCUCUGCCAUUUCAUCUGAGUCCGAAUCUGAUAUUGCCACAAGCUCAAUUUGGAAAAACACCAUGAAGGCUCCACUAAAGAAAAAAGAAGUCUAUGAAAAUUCAACAAAUAAUGUGGAAGGACGAAAAUGUCUCCAUUGUGCAACUGAUAAAACCCCUCAGUGGCGUAGUGGACCAUUAGGUCCAAAAACACUAUGUAAUGCUUGUGGGGUUCGCUACAAGUCUGGUCGACUAGUACCUGAGUAUCGACCAGCUGCGAGCCCCACAUUUAUUCUGACAAAACAUUCGAAUUCUCAUCGUAAGGUACUUGAGCUAAGGAGACAAAAGGAGGUGCAAACUACACACUUGCAACACCAACAACCAUUCUAUCAUCAUCAGAAUAUGAUGUUUGAUGUUUCCAAAGGAGAAGAUUACUUAAUCCACCAACAUAUUGGUCCGGAUUAUCGACAACUAAUCUAAUAAAUCAGUUGUGUGGUCAAAAAGCGUAAUUUUCGACGUUCUUUGAAAUUAUUUUAGCCAAUUUUUGCAAUUUUUAAGCCAAAAUUUCAUAGUGUUAAGUCCUAGCUUAUGAAGUUUUGAAGAAAAAAAGAGUAGUGGAAUUUAGGAGAGGUAAACAUCAGAUGUUUGUAAUCUCGAUUGAGUUAUCUUUUGCCAAUUCUUGGAUCAGUUUUCGAUUUUAAUGCUCAACCAAACCCC